GGAGACGUGCAUCUCAGUCCAUCAUCCCGUUCUGAGGCAGGCCGACACCACUGACCAAACCGCACAAUGGCACAAACUACCAAGUUCUUCAGUGGCCGCUCCUACGCAGGUGGAAACCUGGCUGGAGGAAUGGUGCGCAGAGGCUACUCGCAAAGUUUGCACGGAGGUGCAAGUGGAGCGAGAAUCUCCACCAGCAACAGCUAUAGCAUGGGUGGCGGCAUGGGUGGCAGUAGCGGUGGCGGUGGCGGUUUCGGUUUCGGCUCAGGCUCAGGCUCAGGCAUGGGCUUCGGUGAGGGCAUGGACAUGCACGUUGGGGCCAACGAGAAGGCAACCAUGCAAAAUCUGAACGACCGCCUGUCCAGCUACCUGGACAAGGUGCGCAGCCUUGAGAAGGCCAAUGCCGAGCUGGAGUUGAAGAUCCGUCAGUUCUUGGACAGCAAGACCUCUCCCUCUUCCCGUGACUACUCCGCUUACUAUGCCACCAUUAAUGACCUGCAGGCCAAGAUCCUUGAUGCCACACACACCAACGGAGGCAUCUAUCUGGCUAUUGACAACGCUAAACUGGCAGCAGACGACUUCAAAACUAAGUAUGAAAAUGAGCUGGCCAUGCGUCUAUCAGUGGAGUCAGAUAUCGCCGGUCUGAAGAGAAUGUUGGAUGAGCUGACGCUGGUCCGUUCAGACCUGGAGAUGCAGAUCGAAGGCCUCAGGGAUGAGCUCGUCUACCUCAAGAAGAACCACGAAGACGAAAUGCAAGCCAUGAGGUUACAGAUGACUGGACAGAUCAACGUGGAGGUGGACGCCAAACCGCAGGCCGACCUGAGCGCUAUCAUUGCUGAGAUCCGUGAACAGUACGAGAGUGUUGCGGCAAAGAACCAGAGGGACCUGGAAAAUUGGUUCCAGGCAAAGUCAGCCGAACUGAACAAGGAUAUGGCUGUAAGCACAGAAACUCUCCAGACCUCCAAGUCGGAGAUCUCUGAGAUCCGUCGCACCCUGCAGAGCUUGGAAAUCGAACUACAGUCACAACUUAGCAUGAAAGCAUCUUUGGAAAACACAUUGGCUGAAACGGAAGGACGGUACUCAAUGAUUCUCCAAGGACUCCAGGCUCAGGUCACCUCCCUCGAAAAUCAACUGAUGCAACUACGCGCCGAGAUUGAAAACCAGAACCAAGAAUACUGCAUGCUCCUCGACAUUAAGACCAGACUUGAGAGGGAAAUUGCAGAAUACAGAAGACUCAUGGAUGGAGAGGGCAGCAUUGCAACCACCAAGUCCAGCAGUGCCAGAGUGAUAAUGGUCACAGAGGAGUUGAAGGAUGGCGUUGUGGUGUCCUCCAAGACCACCACUGCAUAAGCUGUCUCACACAGCAAACAACAGCACAAGAGGGGAUGCUUAAAGACCAACCAUUCAUCUCAAAACAAGAUCAAAUAAAAACCUCCUUGCCUGCUAACUAA